AUGAUGAGGAAGAAGUUAAUUAUUAACGGCAAUUCAGAAGUAGUGGGAAGUAGAUGCAAUCUGUUUGAAGGAAGUUGGGUUUACGACGAUUCUUAUGAUCCACUUUACAACACGACUAGUUGCCCAUUCAUAGAGAAAGAAUUUGAUUGCCAGAACAAUGGACGCCCAGAUAAAUCUUAUCUCAAGUAUAGAUGGAACCCAACCUCUUGUCAAUUGCCCAGAUUUAAUGGUCUGGAAUUCUUGAGAAAAUUCAAGGGAAAGAAAAUACUAUUUGUUGGGGACUCCCUGAGCCUCAAUCAGUGGCAAUCUCUGACAUGUAUGCUUCAUGCUUCAGUGCCCCAAUCCAAUUUCACACUGACAAGAAAUGGUGGCCUCUCCACGUUUUCUUUCCCUGAUUAUGGGGUAUCGAUGAUGUUAUUUCGCAGCGCAUAUCUUGUUGAUCUUGUUAAAGAAGAGAUAGGCACGGUUUUAAAGCUUGAUUCCAUAAAAAACGGCAAUGCUUGGAAGGGAUACGACACCCUCAUAUUCAACACCUGGCACUGGUGGCUCCACAAAGGAAGCAAACAACCUUGUAAUUGGGAUUACAUUGAAGGAGGAGGAAUUAUAUGGAAAGAUAUGGAUCGCUUGGUGGCUUUCAGGAUGGGUUUGACAACUUGGUCCGAGUGGGUAGACUCCAAUAUUGAUCCCAACAAGACAACAGUUUUCUUUCAAGGCAUUUCUCCAACUCAUUACAGUGGAGAAGAAUGGAAUGAUUCCAAGUCAGCGACAUGUAAAGGGCAAAGUGAACCGGAAAGUGGUUCAACAUAUCCAGGAGGUUGGCCACCAGCAGCUACAAUAGAAGACCAAGUGUUGAGCAAAAUGUCUACUCCAGUCACUCUUCUAAACAUAACCACACUUUCUCAGCUGAGGAAAGAUGGCCAUCCCUCCGCCUACGGCUUUGGUGGGCCCAAGGGAAACGAUUGUAGCCAUUGGUGUCUUCCCGGUGUUCCCGACACCUGGAAUGCGCUCUUGUACGCUAUUCUUUUUUCAAAUUCAUGA